UGUCUUUUAAAAGGAAAUCCCUUUCAGUUUCUCAGCGUCAGAGUGCUUGGGGAUCAGCCUGUGUGGUUGCAUUUAUUUCAAGAAAAGAACAACAGCUAAAACGUUAAAGAUGCCUGAAGAAAUGCGCCAAGAAGAGGAGGCUGAGACUUUCGCCUUCCAGGCGGAGAUUGCUCAGCUGAUGUCUCUGAUCAUCAACACUUUCUAUUCCAACAAAGAGAUCUUCCUCAGGGAGCUGAUCUCCAAUGCUUCUGAUGCACUGGACAAAAUCAGAUAUGAAAGCUUGACCGAUCCCUCCAAACUGGAAAGUGGCAAGGACCUCAAGAUUGAUGUCAUUCCAAACAAGAAUGAGCGUACCCUGACUCUUAUUGACACUGGAAUUGGGAUGACAAAGGCAGACCUCAUCAAUAACUUGGGAACCAUUGCCAAAUCUGGCACAAAGGCUUUUAUGGAGGCUUUGCAGGCUGGUGCUGACAUCUCCAUGAUUGGGCAGUUUGGUGUGGGGUUCUACUCUGCUUAUCUAGUAGCUGAGAAAGUUGUGGUCAUCACAAAGCACAAUGAUGAUGAACAGUAUGCCUGGGAGUCAUCUGCUGGAGGAUCCUUCACGGUCAAGGUUGACCAUGGUGAGCCCAUUGGUAGAGGCACCAAAGUCAUCUUGCACCUGAAGGAGGACCAGACUGAGUACAUUGAGGAAAAGAGAGUCAAGGAAGUUGUGAAGAAGCAUUCACAGUUCAUUGGGUAUCCGAUCACUCUGUUUGUUGAAAAGGAGCGGGAGAAGGAAAUCAGUGAUGAUGAGGCAGAAGAAGAAAAAACUGAGAAGGAAGAGGAAAAGGAAGAUGCCGACAAGCCCAAGAUUGAAGAUGUAGGCUCUGAUGAUGAAGAGGAAUCUGCAGACAAGAAGAAGAAGAAGAAGAUCAAGGAAAAGUACAUUGACCAGGAGGAGCUGAACAAGACCAAGCCCAUUUGGACAAGAAACCCUGAUGAUAUCACCACUGAGGAAUACGGAGAGUUCUACAAGAGCCUUACCAAUGAUUGGGAGGAUCACUUGGCUGUGAAGCACUUCUCAGUGGAGGGUCAGCUAGAAUUCAGGGCUCUGCUUUUCGUUCCCCGUCGUGCGCCCUUUGACCUCUUUGAGAACAAGAAGAAGAAGAACAAUAUCAAGCUGUAUGUGAGGAGAGUGUUUAUCAUGGACAGCUGUGAGGAACUCAUCCCUGAAUAUCUGAACUUUGUACGUGGUGUGGUGGAUUCUGAAGACCUUCCUCUCAACAUUUCAAGAGAAAUGCUCCAACAGAGCAAAAUCCUCAAGGUGAUUCGCAAAAAUAUUGUGAAGAAAUGCCUUGAACUCUUUGCAGAGCUGGCAGAAGACAAGGAAAACUACAAGAAAUUUUAUGAUGCUUUCUCAAAGAACCUCAAGCUUGGUAUUCAUGAAGAUUCACAAAAUCGCAAGAAACUGUCUGAGCUGCUGCGUUACCACAGUUCUCAGUCUGGGGAUGAGAUGACCUCGCUCACAGAGUACAUCUCCCGAAUGAAGGAGAACCAGAACUCCAUCUACUACAUCACUGGUGAGAGCAAAGACCAGGUUGCCAACUCUGCGUUUGUGGAACGCGUCCGCAAGCGUGGCUUUGAGGUCCUGUACAUGAUCGAGCCCAUUGACGAGUACUGUGUCCAGCAGCUGAAGGAGUUUGAUGGAAAGACUCUGGUCUCGGUUACCAAGGAGGGGCUAGAGCUACCUGAGGAUGAGGUGGAAAAGAAGAAGAUGGAGGAGGACAAAGCCAAGUUUGAAAAUCUCUGCAAGCUUAUGAAAGAUAUCCUAGAAAAGAAAGUUGAAAAGGUCACAGUAUCCAAUCGCUUAGUCUCCUCUCCCUGCUGCAUUGUCACAAGCACCUAUGGCUGGACUGCCAACAUGGAACGCAUCAUGAAAGCACAGGCCCUGAGGGACAACUCCACCAUGGGCUACAUGAUGGCCAAGAAACACCUGGAGAUCAACCCUGAUCACCCCAUUGUGGAGACCCUGAGGCAGAAGGCUGAGGCAGACAAGAAUGAUAAGGCUGUGAAGGAUCUGGUUGUCCUUCUCUUUGAGACAGCCCUGCUAUCAUCUGGCUUCUCCCUUGAAGAUCCCCAGACACAUUCCAAUCGCAUCUACAGAAUGAUCAAACUUGGCUUGGGAAUUGAUGAUGAUGAUGUCCCCAUAGAAGAGCCCAGCAGUGCACCUGUUCCAGAAGAGAUCCCACCUUUGGAGGGGGAGGAUGAUGCUUCCCGCAUGGAGGAAGUAGACUAAAGACUUCUUCAAAGCCUUUCUUUUACCUCCGUUUCAGAUUGUCUAAGUCCUGUCCCCCCCAGCCCAGUGUAUGGACAAUCUGGUCACCACCAGAAAGUUCUAAAACAAUUUAUACAAUAGAUACUGUAACAAUCGCCCAGUGUUGCCCUCUGUUUUGUGCCUUCUUUCAAGGUUUUAGUGUGUUUUUUUUUUUUUGCAAGGCCUAGUUAGCAGCUGGCAACACUUGGUGGUCGAAAGUAACUUGAGAUGACAUUGGAGGAGUAAGGGACUGGUACAUCCAGAUGUAUAAAAGUGGGGGAACUGCUUUUCUUUGUAUUCUUUCCGAGUCCGGGUGAGGAGUGCAUCUCUGCAGCCUGCUCUGUGGGAAGCAGCUGUUCAAAUGUUUGUCUGCUGAGUAAAUAUCUCCAUUCCAUUUUUCAUGCGAACAUAAAUAAAAAUUUAACACCUCAUCUUUUGUGUGUUGCAGCUUUUUGUCUAUAAAACAGUAUUUUUCUCGACAGGAGAGAGCAUGUGUUUCAUAUCUUGUAGGAUGCAUUGUGCCGUUUUCCAUCCAGCUUUGGCCUUGCAGAUGCAGUGUGUUGAAGAUGCCCAUAAAUUGUAACUUGAUUAAUAAUGUUAGAAAAUGCUCUAUUCCAUAGUUGAUGCAGUUCAUGGGGCCAGAGUGAUUAUAUGGGGAGCCUGUGUGAAUAAAUCACCAAAGUUUCAUGCUUGUUUAAUGUAUUUAAUAAAGACAUCUAAUGCCCUUUGUGAAAAAGUGAUACUCCACAAAGAAAACCACACAUGGUUCUGAUGAAUCAAGUUGUGAUUUCCUUAUUGCAAUAAAGGACAGAUGAAGUUAA